AUGUAUCUGUCUCAGUUUGUUCUUAUUUAUCUAUGUAUCUAUCUAUCUUAUCUGUUUAAAAAUCUAUCCAUCAUAUCUAUAUCUAUCUAUCUAUCUAUCUAUCUAUCUCAGUCUAUUCAUAUCUAUCUAUCUCAGUCUAUCUAUCUAUCUAUCUAUCUAUCCAUAUCUAUCUAUCUAUCUAUCUAUCUCAGUUUGUUCAUCUAUCUAUCUAUCUAUAUCUAUCUAUCUAUCAUAUCUAUCUAUCUCAUUUCUAUCUAUCUUCACAUCUAUUUCUAUCACUCUCUCACUCUCUCUAUCUGUCUAUCUCGGCUUGUUAAUCUCUCUCUCAGUCUCUCUCUCUCUCUCAUUAUCAGUCUGUUCAAAUCUAUCUAUCUAUCACAGUUUGUUCAAAUCUAUCUAUCUAUCUAUCUAUCUAUCUAUCUAUCUAUCUAUCUAUCUAUCUAUCUAUCUAUCUAUCAGGGACAAUUUUACGAGUCCAUAUUUGCGUCAAUCAAUCUAUUUAUUUGUUCAUAUCUAUCUAUCUAUCUAUCUAUCUAUCUAUCUAUCUAUCUAUCUAUCUAA